UCUGGGGGCGGGCCCCGCGGGUGCCUGGGCUGCAGGCGCAGCUUCCCAGCGCCUAAAGCGCCGCGCUGGGCUGGAGCCUGCCGGACGAGGAGCGGCGGAGCAUCUUCCUGCGCCUCCGGGCCAGACGCCCACUCCAGUGAUGUUCUUCAUUUCAAGAUGCCAUUGCAGUUCUGAUAAAUGCAAACUGAGAACGUUCAAGGCCACAACGGAGGAAAAAUCAUUGGUACUUGGAGCGUAGAAGACUGCCCUUCACAAAGGAAAUCCCUGAUUAUUGUUUGAAAUGCUGAGGAAGUUGCUGCGAAGGAGACUUUUUUCUUAUCCCACUAAAUACUACGUUGUGGUUCUUGUUUUUUCCCUAAUCACCUUCUCCGUUGUAAGGAUUCAUCAGAAGCCCGAAUUUGUAAGUGUCAGACACUUGGAGCUUGCUGGGGAGAAUCCUAGUAGUGAUAUUAAUUGCACCAAAGUUUUACAGGGUGAUGUAAAUGAAAUCCUAAAGGUAAAGCUUGAGAUCCUAACAGUAAAAUUUAAAAAGCGCCCUCGGUGGACACCUGAUGACUAUAUAAACAUGACCAGUGACUGUAAUUCUUUCAUCAAGAGGCGCAAAUAUAUUGUAGAGCCCCUUAGUAAAGAAGAGGCAGAGUUUCCAAUAGCGUAUUCUAUAGUGGUUCAUCACAAGAUCGAAAUGCUUGACAGGCUACUGAGGGCCAUCUAUAUGCCUCAGAAUUUCUAUUGCAUUCAUGUGGACAAAAAAUCCGAGGAUUCCUAUUUAGCUGCAGUGAUGGGCAUUGCAUCCUGUUUCAGUAAUGUCUUCGUGGCCAGCCGAUUGGAGAGUGUGGUUUAUGCAUCGUGGAGCCGGGUUCAGGCUGACCUCAACUGCAUGAAGGACCUCUACGCAAUGAGGGCGAACUGGAAGUACUUGAUAAAUCUUUGUGGUAUGGAUUUUCCUAUUAAAACCAACCUAGAAAUUGUCAGGAAGCUCAAGUUGUUGAUGGGAGAAAACAACCUGGAAACGGAGAGGAUGCCAUCCAAUAAAGAAGAAAGGUGGAAAAAGCGGUAUGAGGUCAUUAAUGGAAAGUUGACAAACACAGGGACUGUCAAAAUGCUUCCUCCGCUGGCAACACCCAUUUUUUCUGGCAGUGCCUACUUUGUGGUCAGUAGGGAGUAUGUGGGGUAUGUACUACAGAGUGAAAAAAUCCAAAAGUUUAUGGAGUGGGCACAAGACACAUAUAGCCCUGAUGAGUAUCUCUGGGCUACCAUCCAGAGGAUUCCUGAAGUCCCUGGCUCACUCUCUGCCAGCCAUAAGUACGAUUUGUCUGACAUGCAGGCGAUUGCCAGGUUUGUCAAGUGGCAGUACUUUGAGGGUGAUGUUUCCAAGGGUGCUCCCUACCCACCCUGCGACGGGGUGCACGUGCGCUCGGUGUGCAUUUUCGGAGCUGGCGACUUGAACUGGAUGCUGCGCAAGCAUCACUUGUUUGCCAAUAAGUUUGACGUGGAUGUUGACCUCUUUGCCAUCCAGUGUUUGGAUGAGCAUCUGAGACAUAAAGCUUUGGAGACAUUAAAACACUGACCAUUACAGGCAAUUUUAUGAAUAAUAUGAAGGAUACACAAAACGUACCCUUCUCUGGUUCCCCUUCCCUGUCAGUAAGAAUCAGGAAGAUGGUAUGAGGUCCUUUUUGGGGCGGGGACUCUAGGUCUUGUCAGAGAUGCUGCAUGGUUUCUGCAGAGCACCAUUGGCUAGAAAGGUGAUAGCAUUAAAUGUUCAUCUAGAGUUAAUGCUGGGAAGAGUGAAAGUAGCCUUGAGGCCAGAGCAGGCAGCAAGGCACUCUGGGGAGAGGACCAGGGUGUCUGGGGAAGCGCCCGAUGCAUAAGGUCAGCCUGUUCAAUGUGCUCAGGGAUUUAGCAAAAUGAAAUAAUGUGACCUGUGCCAAAACUAUUUUGAGAGUUUUAAAUGUGACCAUUUUUCUGGUAUAAAUAAACGUAUAGCAACAGAUAAUCAAAGAUAGAAUUAAUCUGUUGAUAUAUUUGUUGAAAUAGAAAUUUGAUUUUACUCUAAAUGUUUUUUGUAAAUUAUUUUCUGCUCUAAUGCUGGACUGUGUAGUGUGUCUCUGUAUGUCAUCUCAGGGAGCUUAAAAUGGGCUUGACUU